UUGAUCAAGAUGCCUGGACUGACAAUCGGAGAUGAAAUUCCUAACUUGGAAGUUGAAACCACUCAUGGAAAGUUCAAGCUUCAUGACUUCGUUGGGAACCAGUGGACCAUCUUAUUUUCUCACCCUGGGGACUUCACACCUGUCUGCACAACAGAGUUAGGUCAAAUGGCUGCCUACUCUGGUGAAUUUGAGAAAAGAGGUGUCAAACUUUUAGGACUUUCUUGUGAUGAUAUUCAAUCCCACAAUGAAUGGGUCAAAGACAUCGAGGCUUACACGCCUGGCUGCAAGGUGAACUACCCAAUCAUAGCCGAUCCGAACAGAGAUAUCAUGAAGCAACUGAACAUGGUUGAUCCAGAUGAAAAAGAUUCUAAUGGAUUUCCAGUGCCAUCAAGGGCACUACAUAUUGUUGGAACAGACAAGAAGGUUAAGUUAAGCUUCUUGUAUCCAGCUACAACUGGUAGAAACAUGGAUGAGAUUGUUAGGGUUUUGGAUUCACUUCAGAAGGCAGUAAGCAACAAGGUGGCAACUCCAGCCAACUGGAAAGUGGGUGACCCCGUCGUGAUAUCUCCAAGUGUUACUAAUGAAGAAGCUAAGAAGAUGUUCCCUCAGGGUUUUGAAACUAAGGAUCUCCCUUCAAAGAAAGAUUAUCUUCGUUUCACUAAUGUCGAAUGAAUUGAGCAACUAUCAUUAUAGCUUGUUAUUUUGGGUUUAG